UUCCUCGAUUUCCCAUUUCGCAAAUCCAAUUCUUCUUUCCACUUCACAGUUUCGGUCACAAAGCAAAUGAUCCCACAACAAGAACCCGAUUUAAAUCUCAAUCACCUUAAGCUAUAUUACGGAAAGCUGUUUCCUUUUACCGAUUUAUGUAGAUGGGUGUCUUAUGGCAACGAUGCGAAGCACCCUGGUUGUGAUCAAUCCUAUAUGGGACGGAGAGAGUUUUCCUUCACUCUGGUGGAUGAUAUUUAUCUGCGUUUCCAAUCUUUCAACAAUGCACACGAGCUCGAAAAUUCAGUCAAAGAGAAGUCCCCUGUUAAGAUAGAUAUUGGGCCUGUCUACUCUGUUGAUCCUGCAAAAAGGUAUGCCUAUGCGCAGAGUGAAAAUAAUGUCUUUGCCCCAGUUGAGAGGGAGUUGAUUUUCGAUAUAGAUAUGACAGACUAUGAUGAUGUUAGAUACUGCUGCUCAGGUGCUGACGUUUGUUUGGUUUGCUGGCCGUUAAUGACUAUAGCAAUCAAAGUGAUUGAUACUGCCUUGAGAGAUGACUUUGGUUUCAAGCACGUUCUCUGGGUAUACAGUGGACGCAGAGGUGUUCAUUGCUGGGUCUGUGAUGGGAAGGCAAGAAGGUUGUCUAAUGAGCAGAGAGGUGCUAUUGCUGACUAUUUUCGUGUCUACAAGGGCAAUGAAAAUAGUCAUAAGAAGGUUUCUUUGACGGGUGCUGCCCUUCAUCCUUUCUUGGCGACAUCAUACACUAACGUUCUCAAAGACUAUUUCGAGAAAAAUCUGCUUACCGGACAAAAUUUACUUGCUACUGAGGAGAGAUAUGAGAAAAUUCUAAGCAUGAUUCCUGAUGAAUCUAUUGCUUCUGAACUUCGGGGGAGAUGGCACGAUAGUAGGCGGUCUUCUAGUGCAAAAGAAGACAUCAAUGUUGUUCGAUGGGAACAACUCAAACAGUUGCUGCAAUCUGGAAAACAUAAGGCGCAAGGGCUGCGCCGAUGUGUUGAAGAGAUUGUGUUCUCCUUUACAUAUCCGAGGCUUGAUAUGGAGGUUUCUAAACAUAUGAAUCAUUUGCUCAAGGCUCCAUUCUGUGUACAUCCCAAAACAGGUCGUGUUUGUGUCCCAAUUGAUCCAAAUCGGUGCGACGAAUUUGAUCCUACUACAGUACCCACCCUUUCACAGCUGAUAGAAGAGCUUAAUUACGAAGGCUCAAGAUCUGAUGUUGAUGGUGAAUUGAGUAGAACUUCGCUUGGACAUGCUAUUACGCUCUUCAGAUCGUCAUUCUUACAGCCUUUAUUAAAAGCCUGCAAGGAAGAGAUAGAAAAUUCGUAUAACGUAAAAUUGCAGCAGUCAAAGAAUUCCCUUGGUUGGUAAAGCCACCUAUGCUUCAUAUUGGUUAGAUAGAGCUGUCUCGAGGUCACAUUAAUGGACACAAUCAAAAGAUGGAAUGUUCAUGGUACUGUUGAAUUAUAAAGAAGCAUUUUAACUCUUGUAUUUUAAUACAACUGCAACCGUUCUUCUGGUGAGAGAAAGGCAAUUAAUUUGAACCUCCAUUCAUCCACUGUAUAAAAUUUUGGAUGGCCCGUGUUACGUAAAAGAUAUUUCUGCCAGUAAAUGGAAAUUAGCAGUAAUUUUAAUGUAGCGUCUUGUGAAGGAUUACAAGAGAUUUAUUAUAUAGUUUCCCAGGUAUUGAAUUAUGAAGGAAAAAUUCAUUAGCAUGAUCACAACACUUCUGUACGGUGAGUGACACUGAAAUUAUCUUUCCAGAAAUUCUGGUACAAUGACCAUGCAAGGUGUUGUCGUGACAUCCCACUAAAAAUGAUUGUAAUUACUCACUGUGCUGAAUCUGCUAGAUUGUUCCACAUUACGUAGCAAUUAAGGGAAAAAGUCGGCAGAUGGUAAUGUAUCUCAGACAUUUUACAGUGAUAGUUUUUUUUACAAUGAUUGUACUGAAAUUGAAAGUUAUGGUUUCAUACAGCAAUCUGUUGUACAAUUCCAAUUGACGGUCUCGGUUAUUAUGAAUGUAACUUGAUAAUAUAUUUAAAGGAAACUUUACCUGGUUAUGAAUUUUUA